UCACAAAAUCUUUUUAUUCCGAAACCCUAAGACGUCGUGAUGUCUACUCAACCCGAUAAGGUUGUCAAGUUCUCAGCCAUUAACAUUUCAGAUUUGAACCGCACAUUCACACAUGAAUAUAGUUUUUACUUCAAAGAGUAUUAUCAAUGGCAAUGGAGUUUUUUCCCAAACUGGAACAAAACAAGUGGAACAGGAAACAAUCUUAGCUUGAUUAGUUUAUGUUACAGAGGAGAUCCCAUGAAAUUACCUGAAGAUUGGGUAAUGUGUGCUAGAAUAAAGCUUACCCUCCUCAAUUCUGAUACACCAAUUGUGAUUAAAGAAACGGUACACAACUUUACGAAAUCGUCACCUGGUACCGGCAUGUUUUUUUGCUUAAAAGAAUAUACUUUCGAAGAUUCAUGUAAUAUUGAAGUCAGUGUUUCAUUCAGGCUUCUUAACAAAACAAAUGAAAUGGUUGAUUUGCCUGGCUUUAGAAAGUUGGCAAUAUUUUAAAAUCGAGUAAGGAGGUGACUGACCUAAAUUCUGGAAUACUUUUGUUAGUAUUGUUGACAAUCUCUUACUAGUUUGUUACUAAAUUAGGUUAUUGCAUAUGACCUAUAUGAUCUUGUUGCAAAUUAGUGCUUAUCAGUUUCUGCAAAUUUUGGUUUUCUCGGUGUUUGUCGAGAAUUUAAGCUAGUUCACUUAAGUUGCUGCAAACUCAGUUUGCGUAAGUUUUCACAAACUCGGUCUGUUUAAGCUUUCACUUCGAUUUGCAUA